AUGUCGUCCCUCGAGGCCGUUCGUGCGGACGGCUACUACUACGGGCCGGAUUACGACCCUCGGAAGCACGGGAGUUUGAAUCAGUACAGAGGUUCUCACCCGCUGGGCGAGAGGGCGAAGCGGCUGGAGGAAGGCAUCCUCGUCAUCCGCUUCGAAAUGCCGUUCAAGGUCUGGUGUACUGGAUGUGGAUGCGUCAUCGACAAGGGCGUGCGCUUCAACGCCGCGAAGAAAUGCGUCGGCAUGCACUUUUCCACCAAGAUUCUAGCGUUCGCCUUCGGCUGCCCCAAAUGCAAGCAAGAGAUCGUCAUCACCACGGACCCAAAGAACGCAGAGUACAUUUGCUCCAAAGGCGUGCGGCGAAAGAUCGAGACUUUCGACUGCAAAGACGCGGAGACACUCGUGCUGUCUGGCGCCGAGGAACGCGAGAAAAUGCGCCUCGACCCUAUGUUCAAGUUGGAUGAACAGGUUUCGCGGCGCACCGACCAGGCGGAGAUGGAGCGCGUGAUCGAGGAGCUAAUCGAUCUUUCCGAGUCGCGGUCGGCAGACGACUACUCGGCGAAUCUCGCGCUGAGAGAGCGGCUUCGGUUCCGCCGCGAAAAAGAGGAGCAACUUGCGGGAGAGGUCAGCACCGUGGGCCCCGUGAAGGCCGCGGCCAUGCAGAUGAAACACGGGGAAGAGGACCUCGUGCUGGCCAAACAAAUCUGCUUUCGCGCGCGGAAGACGCCCCUCGACCGCCUCGUCAAGAAAACCGCCAUGAAAAUGGCGUCGAUUUUCGAUCGAAAGAACGUCAUCCCGAACAAAUUCACCUCUUCGGCCCUCCAGGGAAAAGCACUCGGCUCAGGGUUCAAACUCGGCCCCUCCGUCACGCGCAUUGCAGCGAACAAACCAAAGGAAACGAUCGACAAACAGAAAGGCGGCGGCAAACGCAUUCCCGGAACAGGACUCAUCGUAAGGAACAAGAACGCGUGA